UCUGAGACAGACUCACUCUGAGACAGAGACAGUUGUCCAGCUUUAUGAUCCUGAACGUCACCCAGCGCUCCGGUCCCAGCUGUCUCAACAUGGCUGCACCUGAUCCUAGCAACGACCUGGUGGAUUUCACCUUGAAUCUUUGUCCAGAAACCUGCAGCUUCGCCACAAAUAUGAAGACCAACAAGCAGUGCUGCCAACAAAUCGCCCAGACAGUGAAAGAGCUGGAGCAACUCAUUCUCACCAUCAAAUACAGAGGAACGGGACAAGCAUCCCCUGCUCUAGAACACUCUGAGGGAUCUCUGCUCCAACCUCACCUCUGCCAAGACGCUGAUGGAGAAAAUCAACCAAACUAACGUUGUUUUGAGAUUCCUGAAGUCCAGCAGCCAUGACAAUCAAUUGUUGCAUUUGGACAAAAGGCUCUCUGAUAGCUUCCAGGUACUGUCGAAGGCUGUACUCCUCAAUGAGCAGGGCGACACGCUAGGGCGGUGGUGGCGAAGUCCAUAGGGGCUUGGCCUGGGAACUGGAAGGUCACCAGUUCAAGUCCCCGAAAGACCAAGUGCCACCGUGGUGUCCCUGAGCAAGACACUGGUUACCUACACUGCUCCCCGGGCGCCGUACAUAAUGGCAGCCCACUGCUCCUAACACUAGGAUGGGUCAAAUGCAGAGACCGCAUUUCGUUGUCCUAGUACUUGUACUCUGUGCAAUGACAAUAAAGUUGAAUCUGAAUCAAGAACGGAUAACGUGAAUGACGUAGACACUCGACCAAUGCCCAUUGCGACAACGCUUACCCUCACUUCCCCUAGUUCUGACCUCGCUACAACCUCCAAUGACAAUGGGUUGUCCAUCCCUAUUGGCUCCAAUCUUUCCAUGGGAACAAACUCCAAAAAUAUUUUGUGGGAUAUGGAGGCUGAUCAGGAGGAGGAGUCGCCUCAGUUGUAAAUAUACAUUUGUGCCUCAAAUGGCCUCUUGAUGUUGGCUCGAGAUGUGAGACGAUCUCUGCAGCGCCCCACGCUAAUAUGCCCAACGGUCUGGUUCCAAACAUGAUUUUGGUCUAUUGUUAAUUUCCCUGUUCACAAUAACUGUAUGGGGGAGAGGUUUUAUACAAUGCAAGUGUUUAAAUUAUACUAAGAUUUAAAGGUAAGCAUCAUUUAAAGGAUGUGGUGGAUUUGAUUGACAGGUGGGUGCACCUCUUUGCGUGCAUAAAGCAUAGAACAUUAUCCUACGGCCUCUAAACCAUCUGUACAACAUUUCUGUAAUUGAUAAGUUGGUUUGAUGUUUCUCAGAAACCACAUAUAUAACUCUGGCAUUACGAGGCCAUGUGGUGGUGGAAGAAGUGCUGGACUUUUCUUUGUUCUAUCUGUUCUUUAACAGUGUAGUGCCAGUAGCUCAUUGCAGUCAGCUUUUGCCGUGGCAUUUGAUCUUUUAGGAAUGUUGACCAGCAGCUUAAUGAUUCACAGAAGAUUUAAAAAGUGUAAAAGUGAUGAGGAUGAAAACUGGAUGAAAAGUAGAUAUGUGUCUGGCAGUCAAUGCUGGUGCAUGCUCAAGGGGAAACAACAUAAUGUAAGUAACGAAUACACAGAACAAAUCUCUAAGAUGCUGCUGCUUUGUAGAUAUUUCAGAGCCCUCACUCUUCGAUCCUCAAACAUGAUCAGCAGGUCUAACAGAUAACGUCAGCCUGGAUGCCAUAAAUUGUUCUGUGGCUAAAACAAAAACCCACCUGGCUAUAAAACACAAACACUUUCGUUUUCUUUAAACUGCAGAUUUGACUUCGAAGAGGCCACUUCUAAAAGACUCGCUAAGACAACCUACAGCUAAACAUGCUGGCUUCACCUGAUCCCACCCAUGGCAUGAUGGAUUUCGCCUUGAACCUUUGUUCAGAGACCUGCAACUUGAUUGCUUAUGUGCAUGACAACCACCAGCGCUGCCAACCAGUUGCCCAGACGGUGAAGAAGCUGGAGCAACUUGUUUUAACCAUCAAGCAUAGAGGAGCGGGACAAACCUCCACGGUUGUGGACAACGCUCUGAGGGAUCUCUGCUGCACCCUCGCAUCUGCCAAGGCGCUAAUGGAGAAGCUAGCUCAUAGUAAACCUGGUAUAGGCUUCAGGAAGACCAACAAUGAAAGCAAAUUGUUGAGUUUGGAUAAGUCGCUCUCUGAUAGUUUCCAGGCACUGUCUAGAGCUCUGCUCAUUGAGCAGGGCGACACGCUGCACAGAAUGUACAACACUUUUUCAGGAAGUGCCGGAGCGACAACCGCUAUGUCUCAACCCAACACCAUGCCCCCCAUGUCAAUGCCUGGACCCACGUUCCUUAAUUCCUACAGCACCAGACCCCCCAUGUCGAUGCCUGGACCCACGUUCCCUAGUUCCUACAGCAACAUGCUCUCUAUGUCAAUGCUCGGCCCUGCACCCCCUAUUCCAUACAGCAACAUUGCACCCAUGACAGUGCAGAACCCCAACACUCCUUUUUCUUAUGGGAUCAUGCCUGACAUAUGCAAUCCCACAUCCCUCCCUCCUUACAGCACCAUGCCCAGCAUUUCAAUGCCCGGCCCCACAUCCCCUUUUUCUUACCACACUAUGCCCCCCAUGACAAUGCAAGGCCCCGCAGCUCCUAAUCCUUACAACUCCAUGCCCCCCAUGACAGUGCAGGGCCCCGCAGCCCCUAAUCCUUACAACUCCAUGCCCCCCAUGACAAUGCAGGGCCCCGCAGCCCCUAAUCCUUACAACUCCAUGCCCCCCAUGACAGUGCAGGACACCCCAGCCCCUAAUCCUUACAACUCCAUGCCCCCCAUGACAGUGCAGGGCCCCGCAGCCCCUAAUCCUUACAACUCCAUGCCCACCAUGACAGUGCAGGGCCCCGCAGCCCCUAAUCCUUACAACUCCAUGCCCCCCAUGACAGUGCAGGGCCCCGCAGCCCCUAAUCCUUACAACUCCAUGCCCCCCAUGACAGUGCAGGGCCCCGCAGCCCCUAAUCCUUACAACUCCAUGCCCCCCAUGACAGUGCAGGGCCCCGCAGCCACUAAUCCUUACAACUCCAUGCCCCCCAUGACAGUGCAAGGCCCCGCAGCCACUAUUCCUAACAACACCCUGCACUCUGUGGCAGUGCAAAGAUCCACAGCGCCUAAUUCUCGCAACGCAAUGUCGACCCGACAUUCCCCAUCAAACUCAGGACACAAUUCCCCAUGACAAGGUGAAGACGAACACACCCCAACCAUGGUUCCAUUCAGCACCAUAGACCCCAAUACAUUGCAGAGAACCACAGCCCUUACUCUUUACAGCACAAGACCCCUAAUGCCCGGCCGUACAUCCCCUAUUCCUAAAAACACCAUGGACCCCGUGAGACAGCAAAGGCCGGAAGCCCCCAUCUCUUAUUGGAUCAUCACCGAAAUGUACAGGCCUACACCCCCUAUUCUUUAUGGCGCCAUGGACCCCAUAACAAGGGAGAGACCAACAACCCCUACUCCUAACAGAACCAAGAACAUCAUGUCAAUGCCCGGCCCCACAUCCCCCUUUUCCUUAAACCCAUGGCCCGACAUGACAGGCCCGAAAUCCCCCAUUCCUGACAUUACCAUGGACCCCACGACAAGCUUGACCCCGAAUCCCCCAAUCAAAUUCAGCACCGAACCCCCCAUACUUUACUUAAAACACUUGCCAAAGGAUCCUCUUUUAGUCAGAACAAUCUUAGCAAGAAAUGGUAUCAUUACCGUCUCCGACUUUCUAUCACCUCCGACCCCCAAGGCCCCCAUUUGUUCCGCCUUCACUUUUCCCACCGCUACUGUCCCCGAUCCGUCCAGGAACUCAAUGGACUCCAGGACUGUUUUAAACCCCAUACUCGAGUGUUGUAAUACGCUUUGGUUUCUAUUAUUUGUUAAACUGAAACACACAGAAACCCCUCACCUCGCUUACCUUUACUCCCAAAGAGGCAGGAGAAAGACUUGGUUCAAAUGUGGUCUUAUUAUUCCUGCAUACAGCACUUUGUUACUUUCCUUUGAUUUAUAUAAUAUAUUUUAAGGAUUAAUCGGUUUAAACCAUUUUGAAUGGCCUGUGUAUACAAAAUGUAAAUGAAUCAGUCGGAUGUAUAGCGUAUCUUUGUGCGUAACUAAUCAUUCUUAAAAGAUAAUGAAGCAUUAGCUGUUUAAACAGAGUAAGGAUUGGUUAUGUGAAAUUAUUUACAGUGAUUUUGUUUGCACUAGAAGCUCGUUAGUAUUGAUUAAGUCAAAGUAUUUUGAAUUUAGCGUAAGUUUAUUCUAUCAAAUGUAAUGAUUACUGGGUGUCAGGGCGGCGGUGGCACCACUUCAUCUCCCGGAAAGAGAUGUUUCUGUUGGCUGUCGAGGUUUAAUGAAAAUCUGAAAACACUGACUUUUGAGAUUCUCAGAAAAGUCAGAAAUUUGAGUUUUUUUGAAAAAAUCCAGAACUUGGAGAGUUCCAGAAUAAAAAGUCAGAUUUCAUAACGACUGAGUGCUACCGUGGUGUCCCUGAGCAAGGCACCGUUCCCUACUCUGCUCCCCGGGCGCCGCACGCAUGGCAGCCCACUGCUCCCAACACUGGGACGGGUCAAAAUGUACAUUUCCCUCUGUGGGACCAGUAAGGGUUCCCCCUUCUUCUUCUUCUGGUAGUUGGAAACGUUCAAAUAUUAACAGUUAGGAAUGCUUAGAUUUACAAAGAAAUGGUCAUGUUUUAGAAACCUUUAUAAGAAAGGGUUAAGAUACGUUGUUUGAAGUAUACGUUGAUUAGAUUAAGGCAGUCGUUGUGUUGAGUAUGAGAUGAUCAGAAGUUGUUUAGAUGAUAUCGAUCUAUCUAUUGAGACUCAUCGCACCCUCUUGUGGUUAUUAUUGAUUAUGCACAUUAUUGAUAUCACAUUUAAAGACCUGUUUAUUUGUCGAUGAUCGUGUUUGUUAAUUAUUCAUAAAUACGUUUGUUUGUGAAAAUCAAGGUCAAAGCUGUUUUUGGUGCCGAAUCCAAUGAUGUCAAUGAUUAAAACGUGCUUCUCUCCA